CGAGAGGAUUGGCGGGUGUUGGAAAUUCAACUAUUUCUCAGGCAACAGCAGGAGCAGGAGAAGUAAUAAAAAAAAUGAUGUGGAAUUGAUUUAUUUAUAUAGAAUUUGUUGCCGUGGAUACGUUAAAAAAAUGGGGAACCUAAUAACCUAUUUAAAGUCAUUUAUUGGUGGGAGGGAGAUGCGGAUCCUCAUUCUGGGUUUAGAUGGGGCUGGAAAAACGACAAUUUUAUACCGUUUGCAAGUUGGGGAGGUGGUCACGACGAUCCCGACGAUCGGGUUCAAUGUGGAGCAGGUGCAGUAUGAAAACUUGACCUUUCAGGUCUGGGACCUCGGGGGCCAAACCUCCAUCCGGCCCUAUUGGCGCUGUUACUAUGCCAACACGGACGCGAUUUUAUACGUCGUCGAUUCCGCGGACCGGGAUCGCAUAGCAACGAGCAAAGCGGAGUUGGUUGCCAUGCUGGGGGAGGAGGAGCUAAAAUCCGCCAUUCUGGUCGUCCUGGCGAACAAGCAGGACAUGGAGGGGGCUCUUAGUGUUUCGGAGGUUUAUCAGGCCUUGGGGUUGGAGCAGUUGAAGUCUCGAACAUUUCAAAUUUUCAAAGUAUCCGCGCUAAAAGGUCAAGGCUUGGAUGAGGCGAUGCAGUUUUUGAGCGAGAGUCUGAAGAAUAGGAAGUAGUGAUGAUUUUUUUAUGGUUUCUAUGGAAAUGAGAAAAUAAAUUAUUUUGAGUAUUAUAUUA